AUGGAGGAAGUUAUGGACUCACACUCGUCAAAUGAGACCGAAAAGGGGCUGCAGACCCAGCUAGACGGGAUGACUAGCCGUACUGACGUGUCGAAUAUUCAUUAUGGCACACAACCCCCGCCCAUGGAUGGCGGAAUAAAUGCCUGGCUGUUCCUCGCUGCGUGCUUCGUUAUGGAGGCUCUUGUCUGGGGGUUUGCAUUCACAUAUGGUGUUUUCCAAGCGUAUUACACCGACCUACCCCAAUUUAAGGACUCUGGUAAUAUUGCUGUCGUCGGAACCUGUGCUAUGGGAAUCAUGUAUCUCGACCUCCCUCUUGUCUUCGCCGCCUAUAGACAAUGGCCCAAAUAUCAACGCUUUGGCUGUGGUCUAGGUGUGCUACUCAUGUGUGCUGCCCUCGGCUUGAGCUCCCUCGCUUCAAACACCAACCACCUUAUCGUAACUCAGGGAAUCUUCUAUGCUCUGGGAGGCAGCAUCGCCUAUGCUCCCUGCAUCCUCUUAAUGGAAGAGUGGUUUGACAGACGAAAGGGCCUCGCCUUCGGCGUCAUGUGGGCUGGCACCGGAAUCGGCGGUGUCGUCCUCCCUAUCGUCAUGGAACAGUUGCUGGGCAAGUACGGUUUCCGAAUUACCUUGCGCGGCUUUGCAGUCGUGUUGUUUGUUCUCACCGCGCCGCUGGUCUACUUUGUCAAACCACGCGUGCCGAUUGCAGAUAACCGACCCAGUCCGCCAGCCCCGAACUUCCGGUUCAUGUUUACGUCCACCUUUGCCAUCUUCGAGUUUUGCAAUAUUGUCGAGGCACUCGGGUUUUUCUUGCCAUCUAUAUACCUCCCGACCUACGCAGGCAUGAUUGGUGCCUCGACCUCCCUCCAAGCACUGACUGUUAUCCUCUUCAGCUUGGCUUCCGUCGUCGGCUGUGUGUUUAUGGGCGCCAUAAUCGACAAGCUUGACGUGACGAUUUGCAUCCUUGUUUCAACUAUCGGAUCCUCUAUCGGUGUCUUCCUUGUCUGGGGCUUCUCCAUGUCCCUUGCUCCUCUGUUCGUCUUCUCAAUUGUAUACGGUCUCUUUGCGGGUUCAUAUACCAGUACCUGGCCUGGUAUUAUGCGCGAGGUGGCCCACAACAACCCAUCGGCCGAAUCAAGCAUGGUAUUUGCCUGUCUUGCGGCCGGAAGAGGCGUCGGGAACUUGGUUUCUGGGCCCCUCAGUGAGGGUCUUAUUAAGGGGUUGCCGUGGGAGGGGAGCGCUGGCUAUGGAUAUGGUAGUGGAUAUGGAUCCUUGAUUGCUUUCACGGGCGUUACAGGGGUUGUGGGUGGUGGAAGUUAUAUUGCAAGGCGUAUGAAGUGGCUAUAA